AUGGAAGUUUGAAAUUGAAAGGCAGAUCUGGGAACAGGCCCGCUCGAACGGUCAGAUUCCUCGAAUUCAAAUCCGGGCGCGCUUUAUUAUUUUACGACCCCCCAGGGCCCAGGCCCCCACGCUCCCCGUCGUUCGUAUUCGAUGCGCACCUCAGUCCUCAGCUGAGCCGAGCGGAACCAGCUCGCACGAGAGGAGGCGGCCAAACGGAGAGGAAGUGAGACCGAGGUGAGAAACUGACAGGACAGGAGGACAAUCGCCGCCGCCCGCAGCAAGAAGAGAGCAUGGACUUCCUCACGCUUCCCCGCCGCGAUCUGCAGGCGCUGUGCAAGCGCAACGGCAUCCGCGCCAACAUGACCAGUGCCGCCAUGGCCGACGCCCUCCGCGCGCUCCCCAAGGUCGAAGGGAUCGAGGAGUACGUUAAGGUUCUGCAGCCGGUCUCCGUGCUGCAAACGGCGGUUAAGCCGGUGAAUGAGGAGCAGAAGCAGGAGAGUCCGCUUCCGCGUGGCCGCCGCGUCACGGCCCAGUCAUCGGAGCCCAUUGAGGCGGAGGAAGACAAGGAAAAUGAUGCAAAGCGACAGUCGAACAAAGAGGGCGUGCAGGUACCUGGCGUCGGGCGGCGUGGUGCCAGCCGUCGCGCUAGGCCCGUGCCUGCCGUGCCUCAGACGCUGGGCAAGGCAGUGGCGGAGGAGGAUGGCCAGGGAGAGCAAAAUCUGAAGCAGGAGGCCAAAAGGGAUAGCGCGCCUGCUCCCGUCGUGGGCCGGCUCGCUCGGCCCUCGACUGUUGUAAUCGCGCGGGCAGACGAGUCGGAGGUUGCAGGUGUGGAAGAGGAGCAGAGCAAGGAGGUGGUAGAUGAUGCGCUGGCCCUUGGCGUAGGCCGCCGCGGUGCCAGCCGCCGCGCUCGGCCGGCGCCUUCUAUUGCUGCGCUAGCAGGCAAUGUGGUAGAGGAUGAGGAGCAGAUAGUCCCUAUCCCACGCGGCCGUCGUGUGAAGGCCCAUGGAAACUCGUCUGAGCCUAUCAGGUUGGACACCAGUUAUGAUGAUGAAAAGGAGGAAGCGAAGCCCGUGGAGGAGCAAGACGACGCGCAAAUCGUUGGCGUGGGUCGUCGCAGAGGUGCCAGCCGGCGCGCUCAGGCGGCGUCUGCUAUAGCUGCGCCAGAAGCCAAGACAGAGGAGGAGCAGAAGGCCCCUAUCACUCGCGGCCGCCGCGUCAAGGCCAAGUCGACCGAGCUUAUCAGGCUGGACGACAGCAGCAUGGAGAAAAAGGAGGACCCGAAGCCGGAGGAGGAGACGGGAGAUGCGCCAGCAGUUGGUGCGGAGCGGCGCGCUCCUUCUCCUUCAAAAGCUCCGGCUACGAGGAGAAGCGGUGCAGCAAGCAAAGCCGAAGCAGGGGAUGUGGCCGUGGAGGUAGUAUCAAGCUUGGCCACUCGCCAGCGCAAGACGAUGAAAGCAGCAGCAGCUGCUGCUGAGGCAGAGGAGAAGGCACCACGAAGGGCCACGAGGCGCGGCGCGGUGACGAGUACCCUUAUGCAGCAGGAGCUACAAGAGAAACCACAAGAGGCUAUAGGUGCAACAGAUGAGGCCGCGAGGGCUCUACCCAUCCGGCCUACUCGCCAGCGUAAGCCGACAAUGAAAGCAGCAGCUGCUGCAACAGCACAGGAGAAGGCACCAAUAGCCACGAGGAGGGGCGCGUUGAUGACUCUCUUGCAGCAAGAUGUACAAGAGGAACCAAAAGAGGCUGUGGGUGCACCGGUUUCUCACCAGCGAUGUGAUGCUCUGGAAGAGACGAAAGAGGCUUUUGUUCCUCAAAAAGAAGAAAUAAACGAGCUGGACGCACCGAAACAAGAUGAAGAUGAAGACAUGGUUAUCAUUGAUGGUGAGAAGCUGAUGGAAGAGACUCCAGCAGAAGAUCCACCUGUGACCGAUCAGGAACGCACGGGUAAAUCAGAAUUCCAAGAGCAGCAAGUGGACGAUGAGGAGAAGUGUUUAGCAACCCUGGAGGAACCGCCGAUCAUUGGUCUUGUUUCAAUGGUAACCGAGCAGCCAUCUGAGGACGAUGGAGGUGUCAAUUUUCAGGAUGGUGGAGGUUCCAGUGCGGCUCUGUUGGACAAGAAUGCUGGUGAAGAGAUAGAAUUGGUGGCCGGCGUUCGGGCUCUGCAGGUACCAUUGACAGGCAACGGAAGUGAUGCCAGCCAUGAAAGUGAAAUGAGAAAGUUCAAUGAAGUACUAACUGUCAGAGAGAAAAACAGUGAGGUUGAUACACAAGAAGUCAGUAAGGAGAUGGAACACACUGAUAUUGCUGAGUUGCAGGCUGACAUUGUGGAUGAGGCAGCUUUUCUUGAUUGCUCGAGUAUUGUCAACCUGGUUGCUGGAGAGGAGACCGAGGUGGUCAAUACUGAAGACGGUCUUGGCUGUGAGGAGGAUGGUGAUGUUGACAAAGUGCUGCAUGACUCUGUGGAUGACACCAUUCUUAUUGAUUGCUCAAGUGAGAAUGUUGAAAUGGAGAAGGCAGGAAACGUCACACGUGAGAUGCCUGAGAACCAAGCUGCAUUGGAUGAGGAUGUUGGUAAACCGAAUGAAGUGGUUAUCGGUGACAAGCCCCAAGACACAGUGACAGAUAAAGUUGUUCAGGAGGGAAGGGAAGUACUGAUAACUGAUGAGAUGCAGCAGGGGACAGCUGGAAUGCAUGAUGAGAUCGAGGAUGAUCAGUUUGAAUCUGUUUUUGUUCAAGCUGAUCAAGUAGUCACUGCUGACAACCUGCUGGAACAAGUGACAGAUCGUGAAAUUACUGUGGAGGAGAACACAGCACUGAUAGUUGGUGAGAGACAACAGAGCACGGUUACAAUGGAUGAGGAUGUUGUAGAGGACCAUUCUGAUACUGAUGGUGAUCAUUCCAAUGAACACAUAGAAGCGGUAACUACUGUCAAAGUUCCAGAACUCAAGCUGAUUGAAGAUAUUUUUGUUCAAUCUGAUCAUGCAGUUGCUGCUGACAACCUACCAGAACAAGUGAGAGAUUGUGGAAUUACCAUGGAGACCACAUCACUGAUAGUUGAUGAGAAGCAACAGAUCAUGGUUACAGUGGAUGGAGAUCUUGUCAUGGAUGGUUCUGAAACCGAUAAUGUUCAUCCUGAUGAACAGAUGGAAGUGGUAACUGCUGAAGAAGUGCUAGAGGACACAGGGAUAACUGUUGAAGAUGUUGAGGAGAAGCAAAAGAGCACAGUUACAGUGGAUAAAGAUGUCGUUGAUGAUCAUUUUUUCAAAACUGAUGAUGUUCAUGCCGAUGAACAGAUGGAAGCGUCAACUACUGAUGAAGUACCAGAGCUCACAGAGGCAGAUUACGAAGUUGUUGAGGAGAAGCAACAGAGCACAUAUACAAUGAAUGGAGGCAUUGAGGAUGAUCAUUUCAAAACCCAUGUUGCUCAUGCUGAUGAAAAGAAGGAAGUUGUUGCUACUGAUGUGCCAGAAGUCACAGGGACGGUCGGUGAAAUUGAGGAGAAGACAUCAGUUACAAUGGAUGGAGAUGUUGUCUUUGAUCAUGCAGAUGGACAGAAGGAAGUGAUAGUUACUGAAGUGCCAGAUGAAGUCACAGUGACUGGCGAUGAAGGUGUUGAGAGAAAAGCAGCUGUGAUUACUGAGGCCAUACCAGAUCACGGGACUGCCCCAAGUAUCGCACAUACAAUGAAUGGGUGUGUCAAGGAAACCCAUUUUGGUGAUGGCAAUGAGCAGAAGAAAGUAAUCACUGCUGACAUAAUCUCGAUACCACAAGAUGAUUGUGUCCGGAAGGAGAAUGCAUCCAGCAUAGAUGUCGCAGAGUCCCUGUCCAGCAACAAGUCAUCAGGGUGCAAGAACAGCAGUGAGAAGAACACUACUGAACCCAUGGCGGUGCUAAAAGAUAAGGGACUAAAAGCGACCAAGAAACCCGUGGAUUUGUUAGCGCUUAGCCUAGGGAAGCUUAAAGCCAAGCUCAAGGAUAGGCUGAACGCCGAGAAGAAGAAAGAAGCGAAGAGGCUGGCGCUUGCCAGGGUGGACGAGAACGUUUGCCGAUCGAUCCCACGCAAAGGGGCAGGGCAGCAGCGGAACCUGAAUCUGCAACAACACUAACCCAGGGAAGAAGCUGGCUCUGAAGUGUGUGCGUGUGCGUCCAUCUAGCACCUGUGGUGAAACCAUGGUUUCUCCUUUACCCGUCGGCUAGGCAUCUAACUUAUGUGUGAUUUGCGUGUUCGCUUGGAGAUGAGGCCUACUAAACCGAUUCGGCUGUGUUUUAUCAGGUCCAAUCGUAGGUCCCAGUACCCAGCAUUGUUUUGGCCUGUGUGUGAGGCCUGCUUGUGUGUCGGUUGACUUGUCUUAUUUCGAACUCGUUGAGAAAGGCUGCUUGCUUUUUUAUAUCUCGUGCAGUAACAAAGUAGUGUCAGAUUGUAUGGAAA